UUUUAUUCGACAACCAUGAGCCUUGUGAUGACUCUCUCUCGAUCUGCGGAUGUGCCGGAAUACAAACAACUCCACUACCAGUGGAGAACGACUUUUGUGUGUUUCUACAUUUGUGCUAGGCCUGUCGAAAAACUACCUGACCAAGCUAAAUCGUUCUAUCCUGAGAGGGGUGGUGAUGUUUGGAGCGGUGAAGGCGAGGGAAUAAACUGAUCAUCAACAAAUAAUACAGUGUAUGCACUCCCAGGUCCGUGUAUUUACUUACUUCACUUUGACCUAUGAAGAUUAUCAAAGUUGUACAUAGAUGUUAUGUUACAAGACCUCAAAACGCACUCGGAACCCAUGAAGUCCUUGAAUCAACGGCAAGGGUUGUGAAGAAAUAGGACAAAGAAAUAUGUCCUACAGAGUCGCGAAACAACUUUCUCAAGUUUAGGUUGAAAUAUUGACCUUCAAUGCAGGUCCCAACAUCCCAACAAUGGCCUUGUUAUUGCGCUACCGCUCGCAAACCAUACAGCCUAACAAUGGGAUUGUGAAGCGCAAUGCACCCAAAGACCGAUGCGGUGUCACACCGGGGUACUGCGGGCAAAAUGAAUACACUAUCAUUUCAAGUGGGCACUCGCACGUUUGGCCGAAUCACAGCCUACGACAUUGUCGACUUGGCGGUUGUGGCGCAAUGGAAAACCCAUAAAUUAUGGAGUACCAAAACCUCUGUAACAUUUCCUCUAGUUAUUGAUUCAGUCUUGGACUGAAGCCCCGAGUCCAUGGAGUGUGCAGAGGAGUAAGGGCACCCAUCGCACGUUGAAUAUCAUAACGAGCCGAUGCACCUGAAUAUCGAGAGGAAUUGCGGUAUAGAAGUCCUCGCCCUGGAAUAUCUUUAUAUUGUAUGGCGGUGAGGAGUAAUUUUAGGGUAUGUUAUUGCCAGAUCGGGUUGGCCUUAGAAUGAUUUUGUAUCGAGACGAGCCGGGGAGCUGUAUAGUGUUAAGUUCAUAAGGUUGAUUGCGUGAUGAUCCGGGAAUUAUACAAGUGGACCCUGGGACUUAAAUCCGUGGAUAAUCGUUAGGUAUCUUCGAUUUUUCUUGAAACAGAUCUGACGAAAAGUAUACUAGGGAGAUUGUGCACCCAGUUUCCAAACCUGGCUGUCUAGGUAGGAUCGUUAAGAUCCACUAUGCCUAUGUCGCACGGGGUCAACUGUUUAGAACUUCAAAGAGCCCGUCGUGAUACCUAUAGGCUUCCCUGUGAAUCCUACCAUCGAUUGCAAGCGGAUUAAGUCCAUACCGUCCAGCUUGAAGUGGUCGGCUUCACAAGCACUGAGGUCGACGAAUUUUCAGUGGACCCGCAUAGCACAGCCCAGCUCAAUCAGGAGCUGACUGAUCCUCUGCUUCACGGCUGUCAGUGAAGUCAGUGUUGAUAAGGACAAGGUGAAGGAUGGACGCACUGAUUUUUGAAGAAAUUUUUGGAAGAAUCGAUCGUCAUGCAACAGAUAUCAAGCUCUCAAUACUGUGGCUAAGCGUUGAACGGAGCUAUGGAGAGCUACCUUUUUUUUUUUUUUUUUUUUUUUUUUUUUUUCUU